AUGUGUAACGUUAUAUUCUUAUCCAUACGCGGCACCAUACUUUUGACAUCUUUUAGCUCUUCUGAGAAAGGAGGUAAAGAAGACCCAGUUGAACGAAAACAUCUGAUUAUGUUGAGUUUUUUCAAGUCAGAAUCCAAAUCAAUAACAAUUCCUGAUCGACCUAAUCCUCCUUCGUUUGAUCUAAUGAAGGAAGAUGUUGAAUCAGCACCAGAUAACGAUUUAAUGUUCCGUACACGGUCACGCACUGAUAGUGAGUCGUCAGAUGAAUAUUUUGAUGCACUCUCAGAAUUUGACGUGUCUGGUGACGAUGAUAUGGAGGCUGAACAGGAACAUGUGUACGAGCAGGCUAUAGAACUGUUACAGCUGCAUCAGAGACUCAUUAAUGCCCCACAGACUCUAGAAUCAGAGUUACAGACCCUGAAAACAAUCGGACAAGAGGUGUCAGAAGCUGUUACAGAUCUCCGACAUAUGUCUCAUUCUUUCCAAAUUAGCUCAGAAGAAUCAUCAUCACAUGAUCAAAAGAAAAAGAAAGUCAAAAAGUGAAUGAGAAUUUCAGCAAGAGAAAACGAAUAGAGCAUUUUAUGUAUGGGACGAAUUUGCAUGCUACUAUAUGGUGAUAACGGCUUUGUUCAACGUAAUAUAAGGUGUUUACUUUAUUUGACGGAGUACAAGAAAACUCACUUUUGCCAGCAUUUUUAUAUAUACAUGUAUAGAAGGCCUAAUGUCAGUCUUAACAUCCUUGAAAAUAUUGACACUGCAUGGAUAGAAAGUUGUCUAUCAUGUUAUUGCAAUGUAAGUCACUCGAAUAAAAUUUUUCCAAAAAGUUAAAA